AUGAAAUGUAAACGUAAUUCUGUUAUGGACUAUUAUUUAAUAAGUAAUGGUUAUUCUUUCAAAAGUGAAGAACUAAUUCAAUUAUUACAUGGCAAUCACAUAAAUAAAUUACAAUUACUUGGUUUUAUGAAUGAUGCGAAUCAUAUCAAUAUUAUAAGCAAAACCUUGUCAAAAAUUCAACUUGAAUUAAAGAAAACAAAACAAUCAAUAGAUUUAAAUAUUAUAAAAUUAUCUUAUCGUAUUGAGAGUAAAACUAUUGGUCGAUAA